AUGUCAAUCACAAACGAGGCCAUCUGGGCUGCUAGCCCCUCCACCACUCGCGGACAGCCCACCCAGCUGUCUUCCGAUGCCAAGGGCGAGCGACUGGCAUAUGCUACCAACAAAUCUAUUUUCCUGCGUUCGAUUGACAACCCCGCGAUCGCCCGUCAAUACACAGAGCACAAGGCACAGACCACCGUCGCGCGCUUCUCUCCCUCCGGAUUCUAUGUCGCAAGUGGCGAUGCGGCCGGUACCGUGAGAGUAUGGGAUUGUGUUGGGGAAGGAAUUACCAAAGGUGAAUACAGCAUUGUGAAUGGGCGGAUCAAUGACCUCGCCUGGGAUGGCGACUCGCAACGUAUCAUUGCCGUGGGUGAUGGUAAACAGCGCAAAGGCCACUGCAUUACUUGGGACAGUGGAAAUACUGUUGGUGAGAUUUUUGGCCACACGCAACAAAUCAACUCUGUCUCGAUCAGACAGCAGAGACCCCUGCGUGCUGCGGCCGCGGGCGACGAUAAGAAGCUGGUCUUUUAUCAUGGAGCGCCUUUCAAAUUUAACAUGGGAAUUGGGGACAAGCAUUCCAAUUAUAUCUAUGGAGUCGGCUUCAGUCCCGAUGGUUCUCAUUUGGUCAGCGUAGGCGCAGACCGAAAGAUUUGGUUAUACGAUGGCAAGACUGGAGAAACUAAGGGUCAAAUUGGCGACGGAGAGCACCAGGGUAGCAUCUUUGGUGUUUCUUGGAGCAAAGAUUCCCGGAAGUUUGUCACUGCUAGCGCCGAUCGGACAGUCAAGAUUUGGGAUGUUGAAGCGGGCAAAUCUACCCAGAGCUGGACUCUCGGAGAGGAAGGCGCAAUGGCUGUUCGCGACCACCAAGUCGGCGUUGUCUGGCCUCCUGGACGAAGCGAUAACCUACUCAUUAGUUUGUCUCUCAGCGGAGACCUGAAUUAUCUCGUGGAAGGAACUCCUGAGCCCCGACAAGUCAUCUCGGGACACCAGAAGAACAUCACCUCUUUGGGCAAAUCCACCUCAGAGGAUAAGGAGACUCUAUGGACUGGUAGCUUCGAUGGUCGAGUCUGUAGCUGGGAUGUUGCUUCGGGCACAGCAGCAGAGAUCGAGGGUGAGGGUCACCCAGGUUACGUUGCUGGUCUCACUCCAACACCGGAGGGAGCAGGACGCAUCUACAGUGUUGGCUGGGACGACACUAUCCGCUCCAUUGAUGUUGCUGCCAAGACAUACACCGGCAGUGCCUCCAAACUUACUGGGCAGCCAAAGGGCGUUGCUGCUGGCAAUUCGACUGUUUUGGUCGGCACCGCAGAGGCUGUCGAAAUCUUCCAAGAUGGUAAGAAGACUGGCGAAUACAAGCCAAGUUUCUCCGUCACCACUGUGUCAGCUCACGAAGCAGUUGCAGCCCUUGGAGGUGAAGAUGGGUCCGUCCAGAUUUGCAAGCUCUCUGGCUCCAGUCUUUCGGGCCAAACAGACAUCAAGGCCUCCCGUAACCAGAUCUCUACUCUUGAAUUCUCCCCUGAUGCCUCUCUUCUGGCAGUUGGUGACCUGCGCGGCCGUGUUCUGGUAUAUAAAGUUGCAGAUGGCAGCCUUGUUACAGAUCGCUGGACCGCACACACUGCACGAAUCACUUCACUCUCUUGGAACCAAGCCGGGUCACACCUUGUUAGUGGAUCCCUGGACACUAAUAUCUUUGUUUGGAGCUUGGCCAGUCCCGGUGACUGGAUUGAGCUGAAGAAUACCCACAAAGAAGGUGUCAAUGGCGUAGUAUGGAUCGAGGGUGGCUCGAAAAUCGCUUCGGCUGGUGUUGACGCUGCCGUGAAGGUGUGGAAGGUCGAAGGAUUGAAAUAG